GCCUCAGCUCGCUAAACUAACGAUCAGGAUCCUUCGAUUCGAAAGUUUUGGAAUUUAUACGAGAAGGAAAUCAAUUUAGGGCGUGAAUUUACAUUUUUCAUAAAUUCGAGGUGGUUCAACUACGUCUGCAAACGACGCAUCUUUAGAAAGUGAGUUAAGAUGAGCAUAUUUUAAUGCAAACAUUUUUUGACCCAAGGGAUUUCCAAAUCAGUCUUGUAGGCUAAAACACAAUGAAGAUCUCAAGUAUGUAAGACUGAUCGUCGUUGAAGAUGAGUAUCAACAGGAUAGCGAUAAGGACAAACAAAGGAAGUUAUAUCGGUGGAGAAAAGAUUUACGGGUAAGAAUCAGUCUUUUCUUGUUGUUCUUGUAGAACUCGUUUCGCACCUUAAAUUUGUCAAUAAUAGAUCAAAUUAACAUAUCAAGGUGCCUCAAUUUAAAUCUCAGUCUUUUCUGAGAUUUAAAUUUACUGGUCAAUAUUAGCCGUGUAUUAGUUUUCGUUUCGAAGCUGUAUUUGUUUGCGUCAUGCCGAAAUUCAUCACGCAAAUGUCGAAAGUUUGGCAAGUUCAUACUUUCAGCAUUUGAUUCGGCACAUCUGUCGAUAAGCAGCAAAUUGCCCAAACACGUCACUUACAGGAAGUAGAUGGUAGUGGAACGAAGGGAGAGAGGGCUGCAAUUUCAAAGCGGAGAGGAUGGUGCUCGGUAAGAUUUCUACACAGCCACAUACCAUAAUCGUAAAAAAGAAGCUCUUUUCUCAAAAGCAAUCUAUUGUUUUUGCCAUUUUUUCCUCUAUCCAAGAACUGUAUGCAUAGUGGAACUUUGCAGAAAUUUUUCUGGGUGCUCAAAUGAGGAUUGUGUUCACACUAGAAAAAAAAAUGAGAUUAACACUGCUCGUACAUCCCUGCCCUCCCACCAAAGGUAAAAUUGUUUCUGGAACAACGUGGAUUCCUAAAAAAGGAUCAGGACCCUGGAAUUUAAUCUAGCAAGGGGAACAAAAAACUGAAAGGUCAUUAGAACAAUUAAGAUCAUUUUCAUAUUUGUCUCAGAUCUACAGAGUGAUUAAUCGGGGAGUGACCAGGAUAUAACUUCUCCUUAGAUUAUCAAUACAGUAUCAUGAAGACAAGUGAUGAGAAUAAAUAAAAUAUUAAUUGAGGGAUUAUUGGUUGAUCUAAUAUCAAAUUCUCCAAAAUGACAUUAUAAGAAUUUUAUGGCAGAGAGUAAGGAGCAUUACUACUGAGAUCUUUGGAGUGUAAGGGUUAAAUAGCUAAUUAAUUUCUCCCAGAAGUGACUAACAUGUAACUUCUCCCUAUAAUAUCCAUACAUUAUUCAGCAAACAGGUGAUGAGAAUACUCAAAUUCAUCAGUUACAAGAUAUUACCUUGAUCAAACACCAAAUUCUUAUAACUAAUGUACAAAGAAAUGUGUAGCUGCUAGAAGGGAGAAUUAACAAUCAGAUCUUGGGAGUUUAAGGGUUAAAUAAUGUUUAUCAAUUGAUUUUUUUCAGGACUGUGUAUCUAUGGAUUUGUAGCACUGAUCCAUGCAGAGGAGUGAAACUGAAAUUCAGGGGAUAUGAAAAAUGUAAGCUGUGACAAUAAAAUUUGUACUUUCUUUAAAUUUUUAACUCUGGAUCUUAUCAACCUCUUGAAACAUGUGCAAAAGAUGAAAAACAACUCAAACAAAACCAUCAACCCUUCAGUCCCUUAAAGUGAAAAGGUUCUAAUUCCUCUUGACAAUCUUUCCCUUAAAUCAAAAUUUUAAAUCACAAGAAUAAAGGAAAUGAUUGGCAGCUAACAAAGGUCUUGAUGGUUUUACAAAUUCUCCCUGUUAGAACCUAGGAAAUGUAUAGAGAACAGUAUGGAGAAUAUGCGUUAUGAUGUAAGGGUGUAAAGGGUUGAAGUGUCAUUAUGGCCAAUAUAUUAAGUGCCUAAGGUUUUGCUACUUAUAAGGCAAAGCUUAAAUAAACAAAUAUAAAUUUAACUUUGGGUCAUUCAGUACUGCCAUUUUGUUGCUCCACUUUACUCCUAUAUUAUUACCCUGUUCUGGCAUGUAAUAUUGUGGUAUAUUUCAGGGCGUGAAAUUGCGCCUAAUACAGGCGCCAAUGCGCCUAAAUUUUUCACUUUGGCGACCAAAUCCUGAAAGUUGGUCGCCAAAUUGGCGACUAGAACGUUUCAUCAUAAUCUUAACAAGAGAUAUAGUGAAUUAAAAAGAUUUGCAAAGAUAAAUCCGCGGCAAACUUCCUCGUUAAGUUUGUUUCCAAAAUAUAGCACAUGCAUCUCGAUCGAUAACUAGACGCCAUCUUGGAUUUAGAUGAGCCUGAACGUUGUAUAUCAUCCAUCCUAGUGUCCACUUUGUAGCACGUUAAAGAUCUUUUCCCUAACUUAAUUUUGGAGGGUCUAUCUAGAACGCUGACAGCGUAAAGAAAGAUUAUGUUUUUCUUUGAAAAUGGCGACCAACUUUUUUUGAAUUGGCUACCACUUUGAUGAAUUUAGGAGCCAAGUGGCUAUCAGAAAAAAAAGUUAAUUUCACGCCCUGUAUUUUGAAUAUGGUGAUAUAGUGUAAUUGUGGAAUGAUCAUAUUCAUUAUUAAGCGAUUUGGUUUUCAGGUGAAUGGGAAUUUCGAGAAAUACAGCAAGACGUAGAAACUCAGUUACCAGUUGAGAAGAUAGGAACCAAAAAUUCAAGGAGAGAUAUGUUCAGAGCUGAACUGCGACUCAUUGAAUAUCCUGGUAAUAUUUUACAUUGUAGCUUAGAAAAACACAUUUUCAACAAAAUUAAGAUACAAAAACUUGUUGAAGAGAUGUCCAAAUUAUCGGGUAGGUGACCACAUGUUUAACCCUUUACAACUCAAUAUCAACAUGUGUUUUCUCACAGCCUGUUUGCUUGCAACUGUGUUGAUAUUAGAAGGAGAAUUUAUUUCUUGAUCAUCUUUGGGAGUCAGCCCUUUGAACCCUAAGAGUGAAUAACUUAGAAUAAUGGAAAUGGUUAUUAUUGAAAGAAGUUUUUGAUUGUUUGAUAAAUUCUCCAGGUCGGCACUUUAGAAAAUAUAUAAAGAAGUGAGUACAGAGUAUAUGCAAUCUUAAUUAUGUAAGGAUGUAAAGGAGUAAAGUCAACAUUUUCAAAUUGUCUCUAUCCUCUCAAGCUCAGUGCCUCCAGCUUCAGUCAGUUUAUCUUGUCUAGGUACUCCAACAGACUUAAUGGUCAUCCAUUUGAAGGCCUCACAAUAAAUUGUUCACCAACUUUAAUUUUUCUAUUUUAGAUGGAAUACCUAUGGGCUGCUAUGCUUAUCCCUUCCAUUACACGCUGCAACAAGGCUUACCAGGUAGGGAACAAAUUAUUUUGAUUGUGAUAGGGUUGAUAGUUGCUCAGAAUAGGGAGAAAUUUAAAGUACUCCUAACAGCAGUUGAACAUAGCUUUACUGUGGGACCUUCUCAUCAGUGAUUCCAUAGAUCUACUACUGAGCCAUUUAAUAUUAAUAUGGAUUUAGAGGCUCCUCUUUCCCAUGCUUGUUAUUUUCAAUAAGAAGUUGUUCUCAGAGGCCUAGAGGGGAGUGUGAUUUGGAUACUUUCUAGAACAACACAUCAACAGUAUAACAGCAGGGUGCUGUAAUUGCAAUUAAAUAAAGAGCCUUACAAUUGAUUCUUGAGAGUUGUACUCUAAAGACUUAUCAACAGUGGUGAUGGUAAAAGAUUUCAAACACUGAAUGAUUGGCACUAUUUCUAAUGGUUAUUAACUACUAAAUUUGGUUUUUUUAUCGGCAGGAUCAUUUGAGGGUGAAGGAAAUCAAGCUAAUGGGGACAAAUGGAAGGCCAAGAUUGUGUAUAAAGUGAUAGCUGAGGUUGAUAGACCUGGAUCAGGGGAAGUUCUUGAGGUCUGACAAAGUCCAAAUACAAUAAGUGGUUUUAAAUUCAUCAAUCUUUUUACCUUCUGGAACCUUUUUUGUUAUAGUUCCCAUUUCAAAAGAAAUGGUCCUCUUUAACCCUUUAACUCCCAAGAUCUGAUUAUUAAUUCUCCCCACUACCUGCUAUAGAUUUCCUGGUAAAUUAGGUACCAGAAUGUAGUGUAAGAUCAGGAUAACAUUUUCUAUCUGGAGAGAGUUAAGUUGGAGUAUUCUCCGUACCAGUUUGCUAGAUAAUGAAGGAAUAUUGUAGGGAGAAGUCACAUGUUAAUCAAUUCUAAGAGUUGAAGGGUUAAAGGAAUUUUUUUUAAUGCAGUUAUUCUAUCCAUUUUGUUUAGGCUUCACAGGUCAUCACAGUUAAUGAAAAUCUUCCCCUGACAUCAGUUGAGCCUGAAGUUUUCACAGAUCGCAGAACUGUGAAAAUUUGUUGCUGUAUUCCAAAAGGGGAUGUUUUGCUUAAUGCUUGGUAUGUUUACUAAGGGGGUAACAUAUUUUGUGUUCAUUCAGGUGGGAUAUACACAUGAUGCCAGCAAGCAUGCAUACAUCUGUAAACAUAAGUCAACACCAUAACUUGCUAACAAUGGCUAACAAUUCAAGAGGUGCUUCCCAGGGUCUUGAGAGCAUUUUCCUGCACAGAAAAAUUAUUUUUGAAAUGUAGAGGCUCUGAAAUGCUAUUUUAUCUAUUCUUUUGGAGGUGAAUGCUACAAAAUUAACUUGUAGAUGGAGUUGUUUCUGAUCAAGUUUUCUUUGAUCAAAGGUUGGACAAGAAGGUGUACACAUCAGGAGAAACAGCUACCCUUCAUAUUGAUGUGAAGAACAAUUCCAAUGUUGACAUUGAUUCAUUUAUUGUUAAGGUAACUUCUGUUCUUCUGAAAGUUUUUCUCUUGUCCUAUUAAGGUUUUUUUAUUGGGUAAUUCUGGCAUGUGAUAACCUUGACUUAGCCCUUUCACUCACAUGAUUUCUCUAGUAAUUCUCCCUACUAUCUGCCAAACACUGCUUAUAGUUUAAGUUUGGAGAAUUUGGUAUUCAAUCAAAUGAUAAUCCAUUAAUUUAUAUUUUUUUAUAUUCUUAUCACUUGUUCACUUGAGAUCGUGUUGAUAUUUUAAGGAGAAAUUCUGUCUUGGUCACUAUUGGGAGUGAAAGGGUCACCAGUUACCCUUUCACCCACAUGAAUUUCACUUUACAAUAUCAAUGCCAUAUCAAACAGAAAAGUGAUGAGAAUAAACAAAAGUAUCAAUUAUGGGAUUGUUAGUUGAUCCAAUACCAAAUUCUCCAAACUCACUUCUUAAGAGUUGUAUAGCAGGCAGUAAGGCAAUCACGUCUGGACCAAUAGUCAUGCAAUAGACUUUGAUAAUGCAUCUAUUAUUGACAAAGGCGGUUUCAGAACAAGAAAAAUACUAGAAGCGUGGCAUUCCAAGUUAACUCCCAAUGCGGACAACAAUUCCUGCCCUUUGCCCGGACAAUACAACAUUCUUUUUAACAAACAUUCUUAGUUAUCAGCAUUUUAAAUUUUUACUUUGUACUUCACACCUAGUAUUUUUUACCUUUUUAUCAUUUUACCCGUUGAAGGCUGUAGCGCAAACAGCCGAAAGCUCGUAUUUUUAAAAGUUUUAGCCAGAGAUCGUUUUUUAAAUUUCAUAAGAUGUUUUAUCCUGGCUGCGGCCCCUCUAUCUUUUCAAGUAAGAAAAAUCACUAAUGAGAUACUUGGGUGUGAAAGGAUUUUAUUUAUGUUUUAGUUUUCUAUAGUAUGUUUUUAAAUUGGUUUUCAUUUUUAUCUUGUACUAUUUGCUUUCAUGUUAGCUUUUUAGAGUGGUAAACCUAAAACCUCAGGAGAAAGAUCUUUCGUCAUCUGUAAGCAGCCAAGAUAGCAGAGCAACUGUCAUGACAAGGAGUCCAUGUGUUGUAGAAAGCAUGAAGGAGAAGUCACUGGAUGGUUGCCAGGGAAAACAGCUGAGAAACAUGUAUGACUCAAAAUCCUGGAAAUGUUAAUUCAAAUUAAUCAGAGAAAGUGCUUCAAUAAUAAUUUAUAACUCUUUGUCAAUUGUGAUAGAAGGUUGGUGCCAUUAACUAAGAAGGCCAGAAAUCCCCUCAGCAAGGACAAGAAGGAGGUCACCAUGGAAACUGAGUUACAACCUGUGUCCAGGCACCUGUCCACACAGCAGCAACAAACCAGUGAAUGGCAUGGACACUUGCUCAAAAGUGGGGGGGAAGGGGGCAGGAAGGGAGGGGAAACUAAACACACUUUGGUAGCAUAGCAAACCAAGUGGAGCCUGUUGCAGUGACUUACUUUUAACCUUGCUUUAAGUUCUUUUAGCCUCAUUUGAUUUUCGUUAUGUGAUAUACUAUUUCUUUUUCUUCUCCAGGGAAGUACCCCUUGAACUUUGGAAAGAGUCUUCACGGGAAGAAUUUCAACCAUCUACCAGUGGUCAAAUUAUAAAGGUAAUCCAGCUUACCAUCAAGGUGCAAUUUUCGGUAAAGGUAAAGAAUCUGAUCCUACUGACGCAUCUGCCAACGCAUCGGCCAAUGCGUCGGCCAACACAUUGGCCAACAUGUUGGCUGACACACCACUGACACACUACCAAUGCAUUGGCUAAUACAUCGGUGGGAUCAGAUUCUUUACCUUUACCUGAUAAUCACAUAUUUAAGUUGUUUGAUAAUUGUUUGUUUUUCCUUUCAUGUGUUUGUUUGUUUGUUUGUUUGUUGCACAAAGAUGUUGACCCUUUCACUCCCAGAAGUGAUUAACUUGUAACUUCUCCCUAUAAUAUCCAUGUGAUGAGAACACUCAAACUUAUCAGGUAGAAAAUGUUAACUUGAUCUAACACCAAAUUCUUGUAGCUUAUUCACAAGCAAAUGUGUAGCAGCCAGAGGGGAGAAUUAACAAUCAGAUCUUGGGAGUUUAAGGGUUAAAUCAGGUCUACUGCCAGGUCAGUCAAGCAACUGACAUAUAAUUUAGUGGAUACUGUAACAGUAAACAGGUGCUCAUUUUGCCUUUUUUUCAUUCUCCAAGAGUACAUACCAUGUUGAUGUUGAGAUAGCCAUCAGAUGGGCAGUUCCAAUCUCUGCUCAGUUGCCAAUCACUUUGCGAUCACCACCUUGUCAAUCUGUGAGUACUUAAAAAAAAAAGUGCAAAACAUUGCACAGACAAUGACUGUUAUUAUACAUUAGAGUUACUAUGACUAUGACGUGAGUUAAUCUGAUUGGCCAAGAGCAUACUGUCAAUAUACAAUUUUAUAACAUAGCCAGCAGAGCUGCACAAUCAAAUUCAGUAUAUAUAAGCGUGCUCAAAAUUCAAUAGUGCACGCUGAUAGCGUGAGCAAAUCUCUUCACCAGAAUUUUUUUUUCGCACUGGUGGCCAUUGUUAGUGCAGGGAAAAAUAAUAUAUUUUGUGACAAUAAUGGAUACAAACAGAGACUCAGCCCACCAGUCCCAAAACGAAGACAAUUUUCAGACCUUUUCCCUUGGGCUAGAGUUCUUAAAUGAGGCAGAAAAAGAGAGAAACAACGGGAAAGGAGACUCUGAAACAAUCGCUUCUGUUGUCCAUUUUUCGCAUCGGAUUUGAUGCACAAUUCCUCUGGCUAUGUUAUAAAACAAUUGGUUCAUGCAUUUAGCUGUGCACUAUUGAGUUAUGGAGCACAUGGGAAGUUUGGAGAGCACUCAAGAAGCUAGAUUUGUCCUUGGCUAUUGCCUUGGGCAACUCUUAUGCUUCUUUUGUGCUCUCCAAACUUCCCACGUGCUCCAGAACUCGAUAGUACAUGCUAAAAGCAUGAACCAAUUGUUCUAUAACAUAGCCAGUGGAAUUGUGCAUCAAAUCCAACGCGAAAAAUGGACCAACCAAUUGUUAAAUAGUAUGUGAAGUUGUUGACAUGAUAACCCAAUAUCUGCAGCAGAUACUGGGCUACAUUUUUAUGAGUCUAUUCAGUAAUAGAUCACAGAUGGGAUCAAAAUGUGGUAACAAAAAGGGUCUUCAGUGAUCUUAUACUGAACAUAUGCAGGCUAACAUGGUAUUAAAAAGGAACUAAAGUUUGUUAAUUCUAUGUCAUCUAUGCAUCUGCCUGCCAAUAUGUCACAAGAAUUAGACCCAAUCAAAGUGCAUAAUAUAUAUUAAUAUCAAUUUGGUAUUGUCAACUGAGUUGAUAACAUAAAUUGCCCACUGUUAAGAGUUUAAAAGCUGAUGUUUUAAAUGUUAGCUCUUUGUCAGAGUGAAUGACAAAGGGCUAACACUCAAAAUAUGAGCUUUGAAACUCUUAAAGGUGGCCAAUUUAUAUUAUCACCUUAGCUGAUAAUACCAAAUUACCUUGUUAUACUCUCCCACCAAUGCAGCACCACAGUUUCUUUAGAAAGUUACCCCCUUUAUGUGUAACUAUAAAAUUUAACUUUUUAUAUGAACGCAAAUAGAUUCUGACGUGAUGUUAACUGUGUUUAUCUUAUAGUGGAAUGAAUGGGAACCACCUCCCUGGGUGUACAACUGCAGAGUCAUAAAAAUCACUGGUCCCUGUUCUGUUCCCGAGCAUUUAUUAGGUUUGUUAAAACUCUAACCUUCAAACUCCCAUUAGUGACCAAGACAGAAUAUCUCCUUACAAUAUCAAUACAAUAUCAAGUAGACAAGUGAUGAGAAUAAAGAAAAUUAUCAAUUAUGGGAUUAUAAGUUGAUCCAGUACCAAAUUCUGGAAACCAAGAACUGUAUGGCAGACGGUAAGGAGAAUUACUAAUGAGAUCAUGGGAGUUAAAGGGUUAAGUUAAAAUGUGAUGUCUAUCUCACACUAAACAACAAACUGAGAGAAAAUUUGUUUAUCUUCUCUUCACUUUAGGUUCCAAAUUGUUUGUCAACAUUCCUGGUAUUCAGGCAGAUCCCUUCUGAGAACUUUGCAAGCACCAAUUGCAGUGCAGUGAAUUGUGUGAACCUGCUUAAUAAUGGAGAAGUGCUUCUCCUUAGGUAGUGAUAGUCAGAAUGCAGUUGGCUAUGCCAAGAUCAUAAUAAUUUGAGGAAGUACUGUUGAUGUUCUAGGAGGUUUUACUGGCCAGAAAAUGUCUUAUAAAUUAUGUCCCCAGAUUAAAUUGUAGUCCCCAGAUGAAGCUUACUAGCUAUUCUUAAACUGAUAGUAAUGAAUAUUUAAACUUUAAAUGGCCUGAUAUGAUAUAACUUUUUGGUAAUCCACCUUAGACUGCAAAUUGUUGAACCACUAGAGAUUGCUGAGACUGUCUGGGAUAGCAUGUUUUCAUGACUGACUCAUCCCAGUAGUCUCUCAACCCUUUACUCCCUAACAUCAGUAUCCAUAUUCUCCAUACUGUUCUCUGUACAGUUCCUGAGGUGCUGACAAGGAGAAUUAGUUUAACAAUCAAGAGGCUCCAUAGUUGGUGAUCAUUUCCUUUAUUCUUGUUACCUCAAUGUGUGAUUCAAAGAUGGCAGCAACUGUUUAAGUGUGAUUUUUUUGUCUUUGAGAUCAAUGUUUAUAUUAUCAGAGAUGAGUUCACCCACCAUCCCUGAUGUGCAAUUUUUGCGAACUCCCUUCUUUAAUAUUUAGAAAUAGAGAGACACCUGUGGGUGAGUCAGCCCCUAUAACUAGAGCAUUGAGAAUCUUGGGUAGCUUGUCACAGGCAUUCAGUUGGUAAGACAGAGCUAAAUUAUAAACAGCAGGAUUGUUGCAGCAGAGUGAACAUAACAGAGGUUUGGGUUGGGUCAUGCACCCCCUCCAGCAUUUUUUUUUCACUCCUCUGUUACUAUCACACAAUUUACUAUAAUUUUGCUUGAUGUCGCUAAUUGAACACUACUUGAACUAUUACUUGAAUGGAAAAUUUCUCCUGAUGGAAUCUUUUAAAUGGCUGAUGAUUGAUGAUAAUGGUUUUUGAGGUUAGAUAGGAAUAAAAAUUAAGGUCUGAAAAAUGUUAGUACUUUUCCCUUUAGUUAGUGGGAGUGACCAUAAACCCUCAGAAGAAAAACUUUAUAGUAUCACUGGCAAAAUCUAAAGUGUAAGACUUAUUGAAUUUUAUUUAAAUUUUAAUAUUGUUCAUUAUCACAAAUACCACUAGCAACUUACAAUAAUGAGCUUGAAGCUGAUGGAAAUUGCUCUCAUUUGGUGUCAAACAAGCUAAUUGUAGCUAUAGGUAACUGAAGACUUCUGUUUAGUUCGUGAUUUUUAACCCUUUAACUCCCAGAAGUGAUUAACAUCUUACUUCUUCCUUUUAUAUCCAUACAUUAUCCUGCAAAUGAGAAUACUCAAAAAUACUUGGCAGGUAGAAAUUGUUACCUUGAUCUAACACCAAAUUCUCGUAAUUAAUUUACAAGGAAAUCUGUAGUAGCUAGAGGGGAAAUUAAAAAUCAGAUCUUGGAAGUUUAAGGGUUAAUCAGAAUGAUCCUACACAAGAUGUUUAAAAAGACAAUCUUUAAAAGCUAGUGACACAGAUUCACCAGCCGUUUUGAUAAGAUUGGUGAUAUGAAGAGCAAAUAAGAUGAGUUUAAAUCAAAACUUCCUGGAACUGAUACUAAACAAAACAGGAUAGAAGACAUUCUCUUUGAAAAAUACAUAUUUUAAUUAAACUUGUAUAGUUGUAGAGUUUUAAAGGUACUUUUAGGAACUAAUUUUAGGUUCACUAUUUUAUAAUAAUAGUAGUCAUUAUAGUAUUUUAAUAAUACACUCUAUUUUACUAGGCAAGCACAGAUUUACACUAAUUAAUUUUCAUUUAGGCCCUCAAAUGUGAACAAAGUGGCAGUAAAAAUAGUUAACGUAGAUCAACUUAGUGUUUAAAAACCCCAACUGGCAGGAGGCAGAUCAUUUGGUUGUAUUCAAAGCAUAGCCAAGGAGUUGAAUGCAAGGAAAAUGGGAACAAAUCAAGAACUGGCAGCAUAGAGGGCUUGAACCCUGAAAAACUAGAUUCUGGCUGGGUUGGCAAAGCUAGGUUUACAUAACCCAGGGCUAGUUUGAAGUCUGAUUUCAGAUCUGAAAAGUUUAAAAGAAAGUUUAGUAUAAUUCUUUUGGUCUACAAUUUGAUUAUUGGAUGCUCUUCAAAUAAUAGAAACAAUUAUCCCAAAAUGGCUUUCAAACAAAGGAAUAAAGAAACCAAGAUCAAAAUUUAACCUUAAGGUGGGUUCAGAGCACUAACCACUUGGUAACACUGCCUUACCACUAUUAUGUGCAUAAUAUUUGGUACUAUCCAGCUAUAUGUAGAAUUUUAUGGAAUUUUUUUUUCUUAUUUUAAGGAUAUUAAUUUUGUUCUAAAGUUCAGUGGACAAACUCUUCUUAAUUCAGAAAAUCAGGGAGUUACCAGCAAGGAUUUACACUGUUGUGUAUUGAGUUGUCUAUAACAAUGAGUUACAGUUACAGAUGUUAACCAUAGGUAAUUAAGCCAUUUUUGCAUUGAAUUGAAAAAAUUAUUAAAAUAUUCUUUGAAAAUGCACUUGGAAUUGUUUUAUUUGGGUACUUCAGUACUCCUAUUAUCAUUUUCCAAAGAUAUUAACCACGGUCAAAAUUAUCACACUCAAAC